ACCGGACGCCGGUUAUCUAUGCGAAAGGGAUUCCUGGGCGGGGCCUACAGGUUUCAAAGCAUACAAUUGGUAAAUCUGCUUGUUAGCGUGACUCAAUUUUGACCAAUUAAAUCAGAGGUGGAUAUUUAUUUCUCCAAUGCACCAAUCAGAAGGCUGGUUAUUCCUUCUGAAAUCUGCACAAGGGCCUAAUAAAUUCUUAUGUCUCACCCGUAUAGUUGACAGAACAUAUUACCUUCUCCAUUCGAAUAUGCCAGAACCAGCGAAGCCCGCACCCAAGAAAGGCUCCAAGAAGGCGGUUACUAAAACCGCUGGUAAAGGAGGAAAGAAGCGCAAGAGGACCAGGAAGGAGAGCUAUGCUAUCUACGUGUACAAAGUGCUGAAGCAGGUUCAUCCUGACACUGGUAUCUCCUCUAAAGCGAUGGGCAUUAUGAAUUCGUUCGUCAACGACAUCUUCGAGCGCAUCGCCGGUGAGGCUUCUCGUCUCGCUCACUACAACAAGCGCUCCACCAUCACAUCAAGAGAGAUCCAGACCGCCGUGCGUCUGCUGCUGCCCGGAGAGCUGGCCAAACACGCCGUGUCUGAGGGCACAAAGGCCGUCACCAAGUACACCAGCUCCAAGUAAAACGAUUUCUGACGCCUUUCAACUUCUCCAAUCCAAAGGCUCUUUUAAGAGCCAC